UAUUACUCUUACUAGUACACUUGCUCUACCUCUGGGCGCGAUGAAGUGCCUUGCCCUGGACACACGCUGACCGCCCCCCCCCAGCCUGUCGCAAAGGCGUGCGCGCCGUGCUACUACCAGAAAUCGAAAUGCACCUUCACGGAAGGCAAUCCACAAUGCGAUCGCUGCAUGAUGAACGGUCGGGACUGCGUCUUCGUGCGCCCAGUGCCUCGGUCUGCGGUCAAGGGACGAUCAAAGAUCGCUAUGCGGAGCAAGAACAUGGGCGGCAACACAAAGUGUUCAUACCCGAUCCCUCGUAAGGCCGACGUUGCGGCCCCGGAUACAACGGCGGACACGAGUCCCGCGCCGAGCUCGGCAUCACGGGAGACAAGCAUAACAACCCCCGCGAGAACUGGCAGCCCGCCCGACGACGUCUCCUCGGAUUCAUCGACCGAAUCGGCAUCGAGUCCGCCGUCCAUGAUCCUAGAGUCGCUUAGCCCCUAUGGAAGCACACUGGGCCGGCUGAACACGGUGGAGCGCAGAUCGCUGUCCAGGCUGCUGCACAAGUCAAACUUUAUGGAGUACUUCAUCAGUCCGACGUUUGUCGACAACAUGCAGCUCGACAUGACGGUCCACCUGUUCAGCAUGUUCGACCAGUGCAAGGACGCCUACAUCGCCAUGUACAGCGCGUUCGCGGCGUCAAUGGGCUUAGAGACGGGCGAGUACGACCCGGAAGCGAACCUCCACCGCGGCGCGAUAGCGGUCGAGCAGCUGCGGUCAUGUAGGCUGCCCACGUUGAAGCGCGAAGAGCUACUGCCCUGGGCAGGGCUCGGGCUGGGAAUCGUAUACUUCUCCAACAUGGCCCUCGGCACGAGCGCCGCCCCCGUGCGCCGGUACAUCCUGAGUCACGUCCGGCACCUUCUCGGAACGGCGCAAAUCUCCAACACGCGGACGCACUACAUCCUGGUGUACCUGACGGCCGUUGACAUCAACGAGUGCCUGAUGCUGCGCGAGCUGCCGGUGUGCGGCAUCACGCCCCCGGAAGACGGCCACGUCGACGCGUACCUGGGCGUGUGCAUGCCGCUUCUACAGUACCUCUACGAGCUGUGUCGCAUCAGCUACCACCUCCACUACGAAGUUGCAGUCGAGGAGCAGACGCAGGCGCUGGCCAAGCUGGAAGAGGAGAUCGAGGCAUGGCAACCCACCACCCCACCAGACUUCACCAAGCGCUUCACCACCAGCGAGGUAAUCCACAUGCUGGCCCAGAGCCGGAUCUACAAAACGGCUGCGAUGCUCUUCAUCCACAGGCUGCGCUACAAGUUCGGCGAAAAGGACGAAAUAGCGUCCGCCAUGUCCAAGAGCAUCAUCUCGGAUCUCAACAUGACGCUGGCGGUCUCCAAAGAGGCGCAGCGCUGCGUCAGCUUCCCCUACAUGCUGGCCGCUGUCGAGGCCAGGGACGCAGCCGAGAGGGAAUUCGCGCUGGAAGCCAUGUCAUCGCUCAUGGAUUCUUCCAAUUUCCGCUACAAGACCAACAUGACGAUUUUCCUCAAGGCGCUUUGGGACAUGAAAGAUGCGAAUCCUGGAAUGUCCUGGCUCGACAUGGCGCCACACCUGCCCCCCAUUUCGGUGGGCCUCUAGGCGGAGCGGCACCUCCUACUUUUCUCGUAUUACGAUAUUCUUGGCCCUUUUCCCUCCCUUGGUGGAUCCUCGAGCAAGACUAUCCCGUUCGAAUCAAGUAACGCGAUACGGGAAGGAAACAUCUUGCUUCUUCACACACUGGGUGAUGGUUUUGGCGAUACAAAGCAAACAACCCGUGCUUUGGUGUCUCGUCCUCGUGUGUGUAUGUCUGCUUGGAGCUGCCCCAUCACAAGGUUGUGGACUAUUCCACUGCAUCAAAAUGAAGACGGUGCCUGCUCAAAGCUGGAUAGCAUGGCAAGGAUUUUGGAGCAUCGUUCACAAAAAGGGAUCGGAAAAGCAUGUGCUGGGAGACCUCCGAAAGGGGUAGCCGGAGGUACCGGAAAUGUACGGUCACGAUGUUGAUCCAAGGAGUGAUACCAUUCUACUCUUAUGCUACUAACAAAGACCACUCAAUACUUGAC